AUGAAGAAAGAAAUAUCAGAUAAAUUAUUUGCGAAGGGCGUGUGUCGUUCGUUGUUUGUGUUCGGCCUAGGAGACUGUUGGUACGAAGCUAUGGACCUGUCCAGAGUGCAGAAGAUCCUGUACGCGAUAUGGAUGUUCAUAUCAAACGCGUACCUUAUUACUGUGGUGUUUUCCGAAGUACUAGCAAACUUACGGAGCGAUCUGACGUUGAAGGAGAACAACGAUUGCAUACAGUUCUCCAUGGCCCACACCACAGUGCUCGGGAAAUUCUUGGUGGUUUACUUAAACAGGUUUAAGAUUCGCAAGUUUUACCAGAGGCUGAUUGAGGACACUCGGACGACUUUCUCUGCGUCAUCCGAAGCGGCUGCCGUGAGGAAGAGCAAGGUCUACAUCGGUAUCGUGACGCUGAGUAUGAUACUGUGCUUGUCUAUGACGACAGUCGACGGUAUUAUGUUCCAUUUCAGAGAAGGUAUCCCAGUCCGCACGCUCGUAACCUACUGGCCUAAAAACGACGACCGCGGCUGGUUCGUGUCCCUAGCCCGGGUGGCCACGCAGUUCCACUGGUGGUACCUCAUCGCAGUGAUGGUAGCCUCUGACAGCGUCUGCAUCACCGCCCUCAUCUACCUCGGCUUCAAGUUCCGGAGCCUGCGACUGUUCUUCCUGAGCUUGAAGAGGAACUUUGAGGAGAAUGUCAGCGAGAAGAAUCAGAGCGAACUCGUGGAUGAGUAUUUGGAGGGGUUCGUUAAAGGCAUCCAGUUGCAUGAUAGGAUUUUGUGGUGCGCCAAGAACCUGCAGACGGCUCUGGGCAACGUGUACAGCUUCCAGGUGGUGCAGAGCAUCACGCUGCUGUCCAUGUGCCUCAUCAAGCUUGUAAGCGGAGAUCGUAGUUUCACGUUCAUCCUUGCGAAUACGGCGUUUAUACUUUGUCUUUUGGCUCUGACGGGGACUUACAUGAUGGCCGCUGGAGAAAUCACUUGCGAGGCGUCCCUGGUCCCCGUGUGCAUAUUCCAGAGCGGCUGGGAGCGCUGCGGCGGCGCCCCGCUCCGGCCCCUGCUGGUCAUGUCCCUCAUGCGCAGCCAGGCGCCCGUCGUCAUGACCGCCUUCGGGAUCUUCGACCUGUCUUAUAGGAACUUUAUCUCGAUACUUCGUUCUUCAUACUCAUUCUUCGCAGUCAUGUACUAAGAUUUCGAG